AUGCUCGCUAAUAUUUCUGGCAUUAUUAUCUACACCAAUAAUCUUACGUAUAUUUUUAUAGCUCUCCUGCCAAAUUUCCAAUGCAGUAAUCUAACUGAUUCGCAACUAGUAGCUUACAAUAUCAGUUAUGGUGACAAUGAAGUGGAAUAUUCUCAGUGUCAUAUCUCCAUCAAACCAAAGAAAUAUCAGAAUGUCUCAGCAGAACCUAUGAUUCUAGAAUGUCUAAAUGGAUACAACUAUACAACUCCAGUGGAUAAAUCCAUUGUAUCUCAGUGGGAUCUUGUCUGCCAAAGAGCUGGCCUUGCAGAAUUAAGUCAGACAAUUUAUAUUCUGGGUCAAUUAAUUGGUUCUCUUUUUAUGCCUAUCCAAAUGGAAUACUUUGGUCGACGCCCCAUCCAUAUUAUCUGUAAUAUUUUGAUUCUGCCUUUAAAUAUUCUCUGUGCCUAUUCCCCAUUUUUUUGGCUUUUUACAAUCACAAGAUUUUUUAAUGGUGUUUUGAUUCAGGGUUAUUUGAUUUCAACCUGUACAGUAAUCACUGAAAUGUUUCCAGCCUCAAAACGGAACCUGAUGACUGGAUUAUCAUCCCUGAUUUUCAGUUUCACCAUAUUGAUUUUUGAACUUACUGUCUACUUAGUGCGUUACAAAAGUUGGCAUGUUUUAGUUAUUUGUUGUGCUUGUUUCUCUUCAUAUGGAAUCAUUGAGAUUAUUUUUUUUCAGGAAUCUCUUCGUUGGCUAUUUGCUAAAGGGAAAGUGAAAAAGGCUAAAGAUAUGAUCCAGUAUGCAGCCAAAUUAAACAAUGCUGACUAUGAGCAGACCUGGCAAAUUGCACUUGAACAAACUGACAUUCUGUCUGAAACAGAAUGCACAGAACUUGUAGAAAUUCACAAGAAAAACAACAAACAUUCCAUGUCUGAAGAGAGAAUGUCUGAAAACAAAGAAACUACCAAAUUACAACCAAAGAUUGACGUUUUUGAAAAGGAAAACCAAGAGAACAGAAAAUCAUUAAAAUCUAGGUGGUUUGGUAUCAUAGCUAUAAUGCAAUAUUCCUACACAAGAUCUAUUUCAUUUAUUAUUGUAUUAAACUGGCUUGCUAUCACAAUGACUUACCACAGUUUUUUCAUUUUAUCUGAGACAUUAUCUGGAGACCUCUACCUGAAUUUCCUUUUUCUUUGUCUCAUUGAAAUUAUUUCAUGUAUAAUCUAUUGGCCAACCAUCGUCAGAUUUGGACACAAGAAACCAUUGGCUACAGCGAGUUCAUUUGGAUCCCUCUGCUUGAUUAUUGCUGCUAUUUUAAAGGGAUUUGGAGGUGAAAGUAAAGAAAUCAACAUCUUCUUCAUGGUGUUUUUUAUGUUGGCAAUGUUAGGAACGGGAUCAGCCUUUGGCGGUUUAUUUUUAUACACACCUGAGCUUUACCCAACUGAAGUCAGAUCAGUAGGUCUUGGUCUGUGUUCUGCCUCUGCACGAUUAGGAAAUAUGAUGGCACCAUUUGCAAGAACUCUGGCAACUUAUUCUGCAUGGGCACCAAGCGUCCUCUUUGGAUCAGCGUGUAUCAUCUCCUCAAUUCUUCUCAGUUGGGGUUUACCAGAAACAUUCAAGAAACGACUUCCACAAACAAUGUAUGAACUGAAACAAAUACAAGAAUCUCAAAAGUUAAGACCACAAGAGCAAAAAGCAUAA